CGUGGGGGCUGGGCCGAGGCGGAGCGCGAGGCGGCGGCGGUGGCGGGAGGCGCAGCGGGACGAGGCAGCGGCCCCCGCCCCCCGAAGCCCGUCCCCGCGCGGGGCUGGGGAGCUCAGGGCGGGGAAGCCGCGGGGCCGCGCCACGUCCCUCGCCCGCCCCAGAGCGGGUUUUGCAGGCGGCUCCAGUCUGGGGGCUUUUGUGUCUGCGACUCGGGAGCGGCGAGAGAGCAGACCUCCUCCUCAGAGGGCGCUGUGAGUGUGCCGCCAGGGCCGGGCCGCCAGCCUCUUGCCUCCCCUGUCAGCGGCUCCUGAGGCGGCGGCGGCGGCGGCGGCGAAGAAGAAGGAGUGGGAGGAGGCGGCGGCGGCGGCGCACUCGCCCUCAGCACAUGUCGGCCCCGGGUGGGGGGCCGCCCCCAGGCCGCGCUCCCGGCCACCGCCGCUGAGCCCCGCCGGUGCCCGCACGCCGCCCCGCCGCCCCGAGGCCUCGUCCUCCUCCCAAACUUUGCAAAGUCGGCCCGCGUCCCCACCGCCCUCGGCCGUGCCUCGGCUCCGAGGCUCGCCUCGCAGCCGCAGCGGCCCCGCGAGGAGGAGGAGCCGCCGCCGCAGCAUCAAAGAGACCGAAUUCCCGCGGCCUGGGGGGGAGUCAUGCUUUGCGGUCUGUAAUGUCAGCAGAACAGGAGAAGGAUCCCAUUUCGCUGAAGAGAGUUCGAGGUGGUGAUAGUGGACUGGAUGGGUUAGGAGGACCAGGUGUACAACUAGGAAGCCCAGAUAAGAAAAAACGCAAGGCAAAUACACAGGGACCUUCUUUUCCUCCAUUGUCUGAGUAUGCUCCACCACCGAAUCCAAACUCUGACCAUCUAGUGGCUGCUAAUCCAUUUGAUGACAACUAUAAUACUAUUUCCUAUAAACCACUACCUUCGUCAAAUCCAUAUCUUGGCCCUGGUUAUCCUGGCUUUGGAGGCUAUAGUACAUUCAGAAUGCCACCUCACGUUCCCCCAAGAAUGUCUUCCCCAUACUGUGGUCCUUACUCACUCAGGAACCAGCCACACCCAUUUCCUCAGAAUCCUCUGGGCAUGGGUUUUAAUCGACCUCAUGCUUUUACCUUUGGGCCACAUGAUAAUUCAAGUUUUGGUAACCCAUCUUAUAAUAAUGCACUAAGUCAGAAUGUCAACAUGCCUAAUCAACAUUUUAGACAAAGUCCUGCUGAAAAUUUCAGUCAGAUUCCUCCACAGAACGCUAGCCAAGUUUCUAACCCUGAUUUGGCAUCUAAUUUUGUUCCUGGAAAUAAUUCAAAUUUUACUUCUCCAUUAGAAUCUAAUCAUUCUUUUAUUCCUCCCCCAAACACUUUUGGUCAAGCAAAAGCACCUCCCCCAAAACAAGACUUUACUCAAGGAGCAACCAAAAACACUAAUCAAAAUUCCUCUGCUCAUCCACCUCACUUGAAUAUGGAUGACACAGUGAAUCAGAGUAAUAUUGAAUUAAAAAAUGUUAAUCGAAGCAAUGCAGUAAAUCAAGAGAACAGCCGUUCAAGUAGCACUGAAGCCACAAACAAUAACCAUGCAAAUGGGACGCAGAAUAAGCCACGACAACCAAGAGGUGCAGCAGAUGCCUGCACCACUGAAAAAAGCAAUAAAUCUUCUCUUCACCCAAACCGUCAUGGCCAUUCAUCUUCUGACCCAGUGUAUCCUUGUGGAAUUUGUACAAACGAGGUGAAUGAUGAUCAGGAUGCCAUCUUAUGUGAGGCCUCUUGUCAGAAAUGGUUUCAUCGGAUCUGUACUGGAAUGACUGAAACAGCUUAUGGCCUCUUAACUGCAGAAGCAUCUGCAGUAUGGGGCUGUGAUACCUGUAUGGCUGACAAAGAUGUCCAGUUAAUGCGUACUAGAGAGACUUUCGGUCCGUCUGCAGUGGGCAGUGAUGCGUAAUCACAGGCAUUAACUAAAGUGGGUUUAUUUUCCUGUGUAUUGCGAAAGUUCAUUGACACAGGAUUUUAAUGUUUUACAUUAUUUUUUUAAAUGCAUAUACAAAACAUUAUUUACUUAGUUUUUAUUAAUAAUUCACUCAUACUAGAGCAAAUUUUUUAUUGUCUUUGCUUGCUGUCUUAAAUGAGAAUAAUGUAUAUGGGGGUGCUUUAGAAGCAUUUAUAAAUAAAUGUUAGUUGUUGUUAUUUAUCACAAACGUAAAAGCCUCUUGAAACUGCAAAAUAAUAUAUAAUAAAUGUAGGCAAGUUUUAACUUUUAAAAGUUAGAAUCAUUGAAAUACGUGUAUUUCAUUGCUGAACUUUGGUUGUACCAUAUUAAAGAUUUAGUUCAAAAGUUUAUCAAGGAUCCACUUAACACGUCUUCACAACAUAAUAUGUGUAACUGUAACAUGGGGGAAAGCAUACAUUUUUAUGGAUUAAAAAAAUAAUAGUAUGACACCAUAUUCCUCCUCCACUAGGGUCUUUGGAAUUAAUGAGUUUCAUAUUUUCAAGUGAGUUUUCAGGAUAUCUGUUUGUACAGAUACAAGACAGAUCUUAGCAUAUAGUAAAUUCUCAGUAAGUAUUGUUGAUUAACUUGUGGAUGGUACCACAUGAAAUUGCUAAUAUUAGAUCAGUUGAAAAUUGACUGCAAUUAGUAAAGUUCACAUAAUGUAUGUCCCAGUUGUGCUAUUUAGAAUUAUGAUAGUAUUAUGCUCCUACUUUUCUUUGAUAUUGAGUUGUUUUGUUAUUGUUUAUUGUUUUCCAGAGGAAUACUAUAGUAUCCACAGAAGAAUUGUGAAUACUUUUUGUAUAAUUUUGAACUGGGACAUAUUGCAAAUGAGGAAGGUAGAAACAUCCAUUUGGCCUUAGAGGGCUCUGCUAGUAAAAGAACUACUCAAUGGUGGUUUGAAAAAUCUUGUUCUAGGGAUCUGGAUAUCAAAAAUGAACCUUAGGGGAGAUCAAAAUCCAUUUUAAACAAAGAUAAUUAAGAGCCAAAGUGAAAUCUAACUCGCAAACAACAAUUUGAAGCCUUGCAGAAGACUUAAGGAGCUCCCACUGUGACUGGGGGAAAGUAUAAAAAUGGACCUGAGAGUACCCUCUUGAGGGAUGAUCAAGAAUGGAGACAGUUGGAGGUGUGCUCAUUAAGAUUCAAAACAGCAGAAAUCCAUUUUUGGAGCAGUUUCUAACCUGUGGCCAAAAAAAAAAAAAAGUAUACUGUUUGACAGCUAAUGACAAUUUAUACAAUCAUUGGAGGCUGGUAAAUCUCCCUAGUAUGUUGCCACCAUUAUCAUUGCAACCAAAAAAAAUUCUGAAGAUUGUGUGGUCAUCUACGAAGGAGAUAAAUAAUUACUAUUAUUUAAACCCAAGUGAAACAAUGAUGGCAGCAGCAUAUUGUCAAGAAAUUUAAAUUAUGCAUGAAAAAUGUGAUUUAAAAACAAUGUCCUUUGGGUAACACACAAGAACCUACACUUUUAAGACAAGGACUCGACCUCACAUGUCAGAAGCUACUAAAGCAAAAGUUAAGUGACUUGGGCUAUGAAAUUUUGUCAUGUCCAUUUUAGUCACUGGACCUUUAUUCCAUGGACUACUGUCUUUAUCAUUUGGAGCUUUUUCUAAGAAACAGUGCAUUCCCCAAUUGAGAUGAAGUAACUGGAAGAUGUGAACAAUUUAUACAGCCUAACAAAUGAUGAAUUUUAUAAAAGUUAAACCUUUAAUAUUCUGUUGGCAGAAAACUAUUCAUGCUCCUGAUGCAUAUUUUGAUUGAAUAAAACUUAUUUUUUUAAAUACAGUGUUUUAAUUUUGACCUACAAAAACAGCAAUUUCAUAUGGUACAAGGUAAUAUAAGGUUUUCUCCAUUUACCCUUGACUAGUUAGAGAUGAGUACAAAAUAUUUUCAGUAGUUGUAAAAUAUUUAUCUUUACAAUUUUGGGAAACAAAAUGAUAUAAACUAUACUUCUAGGUACUCCUUUGUGUGAAAACUUUACCAGUUGAAGCAGGUUAAAUUGCAGUAUUUUGGGCUGACAGACAUUUGAUGGUGUUCACUAGCAUACUUGAAGAUCUCAUCUUACUUGGAAUUUUUGUUAUACAUACUUCUCUAAAUGUUUAAGAACCUGGUUAUGUUGCUCCUGAAAGUUUAAUGAGUGCUGAUUUUUAAUAAAUGAUACACUGCAUGCUAUAUGCCUAGUUGUAGCAUCAGAUCAUGAUUUGUUAUUACCCUGAAUAGAGCUAGAUAUUUUGCGUAUAACUUUCCAGUGUUCUCAGGAGUUAACACUUUACAUGGUAGUACUUGAGUUGUGAUCAUUACUAAAAUCGAUUAUGCAGUUUCUUAAACUCUUUGUUUCUUUAAGUUUCAGUAGUUAACUGUUUUUGUGAAAAUGAAAUAACCUCUCCAAGCUAGUCUAACAGUAUUUGUUAUGCAAUAUAAUUCAUUUUCUAUUUCCACAUAGUUGUUUUUAAAAACCUACAAACAGGUGAAUUUUUAUUCAGGUGUUUAGGUCUUCAAAGCACCUUACUUAAAUAAGAAUCUGUAAAUAUUCAGAAGAAAAACUCAUGGUUCAUUCUGACAGUGAAUCAUAGCCAAGCUGUAAUCAUGCUGAUGAAUAGUGUUCAUGUGUUUGAAAUAAUUUUCUUCCUAGUUCUACAUUUGUCUCUAAGUAAUGCUAAGUCAAAAGUUAUAUAGAUGCUUUUGGAUGGAAAAAGUGAUGAAAUAUAAGAAUAGCCAGAUGAUAAUUUGUCUGAAGAAGGCUACUAUACAAACUGAAAUGGCUUCUUAGGACAAAUGAUAAGCUGCCUUCAACUUUAAAAAUAUGCAGUGAUGGAAAAAAACACAAGUGGAAUUGUACCUUUUUUAUCCCUUUCCUUCACUGAAAGUCCUCAUCUUACACACACACACACACACACACACACACACACACACUCUCACACUCACACACUCUCUUUCUCUGACAUCCUUGAGUUUUGCUGAAGUUCAACCUGGCUAACUAUGAGCAUCUAGGUUUACUCACCAAAGCCAGGUUAUUGACAGAAAGGUGGUUUUUUUGUUUUGUUGUGUUUUGUUUUGUUUUUUUGAGCCAUCUUGCUCUGUUGCCCAGGCUGGAGUGCAGUGAUGAGAUGUCAGCUCACUGCAACAUCUGCCUCCCUGGUUCAAGCGAUUCUCCUGCCUCAGCCUCCUGAGUAGCUAGGAUUACAGUUGCUCACCAUCUCACCCGGCUAAUUUUUAUAUUUUUAGUAGAGACGGGGUUUACUAUGUUGACCAGGCUGGUCUCAAACUCCUGACCUCAAGUGAUCUGUCCUCCUCAGCCUCCCAAAGUGCUAGGAUUACAGGCAUGAGCCACCACGUCCGGCCAGACAGAAAUAUUUUUAAAGCAUCAGUUCCUUUCUCAGAACUUGAUUUGCUCAUGCACUAGAGAAUUUCUGGUCCACAUGCUUCUAGGUGUUACUCGAUUCACUAAUACUGAAACAGCUUAGCUUGUGAAAGAUAAAUUGUUCUUCAGAUAGAGUGCUUAGAAUUAGAUUUGUGAUCAGUGUUUUCCUUUUGUGUGAAAUACUUUAGAGUACUGCUAUUAUGAUUCUUGUUAUUCAAAUUAGAAGGUUAUAUACAUAAAACUGAAGAUUUUCUUGUACUAGUACUUAUUCUUCAUAAACACAGUGUGCAGAAGUCUAGUUUUUUGGUGGUUUGUUUUAGAUUCCAAACUCUGCCUAGUGGCAGAAAAACCUCUUAAUAGUAUGGGUCAUCAUGAAAUCUGCCAACUUUAAUCCAAAUAAGUAUCAAGAGUCUUCAUUCAAUAUUCUUUCAAACUUGUCUUGAACAAAUUAGAGUUUUAGCACUUAUUGUUCAAUGUACUAUAGUAAUUGUAUUUAAUAGUAAGAAAAUAUAUAAGCAAUGAUUUUUUUAAAGGGAGUUCUCAAGAGUUUUGGAUUUCUUUCUGCAGUGCAUAGAGGUUUCAUAUGCAUGAACAUUCGUGCUGUUUUAUAUUUUUUUCAAUUAAAAAAAAAUUUAAAAGCAUCCAGGCUCCCAAAGUUCAUUUGUAAAUAGUGGCUUGGAACUCUGCGCAAUAGGGAAGCUCCUAAAGGCUCAUUUAGACCAUAAUCUAGUUAAUAGUAUCAUGCUGAGCUCUCAGUUUUCUUUAGAAAACCAAUCGAUCAAUGUAGGAGGGAGAAAGAAGCAGAGGUCUUGUCUUUUUCCUGAUAUGAUUAGGAGGUUAAGUUCUUUGGUGUGGGUUUCUUUGUAUUUGCCCCCUUACCAUGCUGAACUCUGGUGAAAUGUAUAAGCAGGCUUGGCUUUUUGUCUCCUGGAUGCUCUGUGCUUCAACAUUUUAUAUCUUUCCUCCCAUCAGAAAUCCUGUGUCUUUGUGUGGCAGUAGUUGGCUAGACUUUAAGAGAAAAGCAUUUUCUACUAAGGUAUGAACGAAGAUAGUGGGAAAAGUGUCAUUAAAUUUCUUUCUUAAAAAAGGAUGUUUAUUAAGAAUGAAUCUUUACUAUCUAACAUUUCAGACAAUACCCACAUUUCAGAUACCAUGGAAGCAGUACGUUUAGUGAAUUAGCUGGUACUGUCUGAGGGUACAUCCAAUUUCCUUUAGGUUGUUGUGACUUUGCACAGCUUCCUGUCCUCUAAUUCUGAAUUUAGAGAUUUUCUUCUCAUUUCUAAUUUUUAGUAGCUUAUUGUUCUAUCCAGUAGAGCAUUAUAAAAGUCAAAUCUGCAUCUUCCAACUUGUGGUACAGUGAUGGCAAUUUGGAAGCACCCCUGGAGCAAAGAGUCUAGGGAUAGCAUUAGCAUCUCCCAAGACAAGUGGUGUAGGGGAAAUGAAGGAAAGACCGUGGCCAUAUAUACGCCAGGCGUUAAUAUAUCAGAGGCUGCCUGUAUUUAAUUUAAAACUUUUGAUGAAACUCAAUGGAUAAGCAUCUUUGUCUUAUUUGUCAAUAAUACAUUACUUGCAAUUAUAUUAAAACUUAUUCUAAAUACCUGUACCUUUCUUGUUCUGUAGAUGUGUAGAUGAUGUUGCUUGUUUGUCAAAAUAUUAUCUUUUAUAAAAGAAAGUCCUGCUUCUUAUCAUGAUGUAUGUGACUUAAAUGAUUGUUUCAUAUUAAAACUAUUUCUUCCUUAUGUACUGUUUACAUAUACCUCUUUUUGGGAUAUUAGUUCAGUACUUUUAUACAAAUCUGAGUGUGUUCCACAUUGGUGACAUGUAUUUUUGCAGUAACUUUUUGUUUUGUUCUUAGAGCAUGUCUAAAGUAACACAUGCACUAAUGCUGUGGUCUGUGGCAAAAUUACUGUAAUUCAAAUUGGAAAACAAAAUGUUUCCAGACUUUGUCCAACAUUUAUUCCUAUGGCAAAGGAAAUUACUAUGUAAUACUAAUUAUUUCUUAUGCUGGUAUGUUUUAAGCUACUCUAUGAAGUAUGUGAAACAUCAAUAUUUAUGGAUUAAUAGAUGGCCUGAUGUCUUUCAAAUGGGAGAGGAGUAAAUUUUAGUGUUACCAACUCAUGACACUUGUAAUACAAUAACUCUUAAAAUUUUUAUUUUCCACUUAACAGGUAUAAUUUACUAAGUAAUUACCUUAAAUGGCAGUGCAUGUUAGGAUUUUUUAGUCCAUACUACUAAAAUUAUAUAGUCACUUUGAAAUUAUGCUGAUAUUUCCCAGCCAAAAAAGACAUCAUUCACUCCCUCAUAACCAAAAUAAGUAGCACUGUAAUGUUUAUCUUCAUUUAUUAAGACAUGAUGAAGAUACCAUAAGACUCCUCUGAUUUACCUGGAAUUUUUAACCAUUGAUUCAAGGACUUGAAUGCUGUUAACUUUGUACUACCUGAUGAAAGGAUUUGGUAAUAAAGGUUAUAAUCAAGAUUUUAAAGAAAAAUGUUCAAUCUUGAAGGCAAAUUUUUAAGCUUUUUAUUUUAGAGGUGUUUACUUAAGAAUAGUAAUUUAAAAGCAUUCUUGUUUUGUCCUUAAGACAAGUACCCAAAAGAAUUGUAAUAAGUAAUACUUGGCCAAUGCAAAUUUGUAUAUUUGAAAUUAUACACUUGAAAGAAAAAAAUGAAUGCUUGUGAGUGCUUAAACUGCGUAUCUUUUUAAAAAUUCAAAUUCUAGACAUAUCAGUUUAAAUUAUCCUGAAUAAGGUUUUACUAUAUCAGUGAUGUAUAUUACAAAAUGUCUACCUAUGUUAUGUUAAUGAUAUCUCUAUGCUGCAUCAUAUUUGGCAUGGUUAUGGUAUAUUUUGUACUUUUGAUUGUCGACUAUUGAUAGGAUUGAUAUAGCAAUAAAUCUGAUUCAGUCCUAAUAUUUUUUAAAAUGCUAGGUACCAUACUGUAUCAUAAUCCUAUUACAUUUGACUUGAAUGCCCCAAACUUUCAUAGUUCUAUAUUUUAUGUUAAAAAUUUAGUAUUACAUGUUAGGGAUUUAUUUUUGUCUGCUAUUUUCACAUACAUUCUUUUAGAACUGGAUCUGUUUCUAUUUAGAUCAUAGAAGUCUAAAGAAUUAAUAUUCACGAACUGCUUUGUGGAAACAUUUAAAUAAAGUAUGAAAUGACUAGAUUACCCCAAAUUGUUUAUUUUUUUAUGUGGUUAAUGACCAGGUUAUAGUUUUCAGACAAAUAAAAUUGGCUUGAUAACUGAUUGAAUAUAGUAGGUAAUGGAAAGUUUGACUCUGUAAGGGCCUCCAAGUGUUAAACAAAUACAUUCUCAAUUCUGAAUUACUUCAUAGGAACUACUUAAAUAACAGUAAGCCAGACUCCUUUUUCUUUUUGAGAUACUUAACACAAUUUGCCUCUUCUGAUCCCAAUC